AAAGGCAUGCAGAAGGGAAAUGAAUCGGACAAGAAAUUGAAAUAUGAUCCGCCAGCCGAUUACAAGUAUGAGGUGCAUUUGUGCAUCUGCAAUCGGCCCCAACAGGCAUUCGAAUGCGGACGUUGCCAUCAUUUUUUCCAUGGACGCAUUUACGAGCGCUGCAAGCAGCAUCCAUUGGAUUACUUUCUGAUGGAGUUUCACCAGUGCCCAUACUGUUGUGCACCCACCACAGAGGCGAAGGUAUCCAAGUUGUCGUGGGCACAAAUUCGCAAGAUUGAAGAUGCCAGUUUACCGAAUGACGAUGACGAAUGGUAGCUGAGUUUGAGACUCGGUUCGAUUAAUUAGUAUUAUAGCAACAAGCAAAAAGAACGUACAUAUGAUAUGUAUUCAUGCUGGGACACGAUCUUGUAUUAACUGAGAUUAACAUUAAAUAUAACCUAGUUCUAG